CUAGCAACAAAGGUGAGAGAAUAUUUAACUGAUUUGCACUUCUUAGAUUUCCAGGCGAAUUCAAUUAUAAAUGUACUUCCUAAAAUCAGAGGACGUGUUCGGGAGGUUCUACUAGAUUCAAGGAGACAAACUGUGUUUAAUGUGACCGACCAACUGCGCGAAAUAAUUACACUCAAGAAAUGACCCAGAAUAUCAGACACAGCAGACUGAGUUCACGUCGAGAAAGUGCCGCUUAUUGUCAAAGUCAUAUCUGAUAAAGAGAUCAACGCUACUGGAGAAAAAGCUUUUUACCACAUUACAGUACAGAGAGAGUGAGGAGUGAGAAGAGAAUGGAAGAAGCUCACUCUAUCCCAGAAAACACUUGACUCCUUUGUAAGAGGAUCAGGAGAAGGAUGUGGGAAGAUCAUUCAGCGGUUUCCAAAGAAAGACUGGGAAGGAACUGCCUUUCCUCAAGGGGUGGAGAUGUUCUGCCAGCCCGGAGGAUGGAGGCUGUCGAGAGAAAGGAAAGCACCCACCUUCUUCACCGUUGUGCUGACAGACAUCGAUUCGGACCGACACUACUGCUCUUGCCUCACCUUCUACGAGGCUGAAGUAAAUCUACAGGGAUCAAAAAACAUCGAGGCUGACGGAGAUGAAGAUGAGGAGGCGGAGGAGGAUGGCCUGAUCCAGCCGGCUCAAGUGUUUGCACCAAAAAGUCUCAUUCUCGUGUCCAGACUGGAUUAUCCUGAAAUAUUCCGGGGAUGCUUGGGGCUCAUCUACACUGUGUAUAUCGACAGCCUGAACUUCCCUUUGGAGGGCCUGGUGGCCAACCUAUUUAUAUUCCAGGUUCCUGUUGCAGGUGGAUCUCAGAAACUGUUCAGCCUGGGAGCAGGAGACCGGCAACUCAUCCAAACACCUCUGAACGACACAUUACCUGUCACAUUCAAGAGUGUUGCCCUGCUAUUCCAGCAGCUAGGAAUCCAAAAUGUUCUGAGCUUGUUUUGUGCGGUUCUGACAGAACACAAGGUUUUGUUCCACUCCAGCAGCUACCAGAGGCUGGGAGAGGCAUGCCGAGCCCUGGAAGCGCUCAUGUUUCCUCUAAGAUACAGCUACCCGUACAUCCCUAUUCUACCUUCACGGUUGCUGGAGGUGUUGAGCUCGCCCACGCCUUUCAUCAUCGGAGUCCACUCCAUGUUUCAGAAUGAAAUCCAGGAUUUGCUGGAUGUUAUUAUUGCUGACCUGGAUGGAGGAACUAUAAAGAUCCCAGAGUGCAUCCACCUGUCCUUGCUCCCUGAACCUCUUCUGCACCAAACUCAGUCUACUCUGUCCCUGGUGUUGCACCCUGAUUUGGAGAUAGCAGACAAUGCAUUUCCUCCGCCACGCACUGCACCCUCCAACCUCAAACUCCUGGACAAAGAGGUGAGGGCCGUCUUUCUCCGGCUGUUUGCACAACUCUUCCAGGGCUACAGGUCUUGCCUGCAGCUCAUCCGCAUCCAUUCGGAGCCCGUUAUUCACUUUCACAAGACUGCCUUCUUGGGCCAGCGAGGCCUCAUUGAGAACGAUUUCCUGACCAAGGUUUUGGAUGGCAUGGCCUUUGCUGGCUUUGUUUCGGAGAGAGGUCCACCUUACCGAGCCUGCGAUCUCUUCGACGAGCUGGUGGCCUUAGAUGUGGAAAGCUUCAAGGAAGAGGAAGCCAACGCUGUCAUGCUGCAGAAGCGCAUCCGGGAGCUCUCAGAGCAGCUCUUCAGAAAUGAGAAUCCCAACCCCCACAUGGCUUUCCAGAAAGUGCCUCGGCCCUCUGAAGGAUCCCACCUGCGCGUGCACCAGGUGCCGUUUCCUCUGCUCGAUGAUGAAAAGGUGGAGAAGAUGCUGCAGGAUGGUGUGGUGAAACACAGCCUUACUCCUGUUUCCACGCGACCGGAGAAGAAGUGUGUUGUUCCUGCCGGACCGCCCGUUGUGUCAAUUAUGGGCAAAUGUGGCUCAGUGUUUAACAGCGCUCGCAGGCUGGAGGUGGUGAAGAGCUGCAUUUCCUUCAUCUUUGAUAACAAGACCCUGGAGACUGAAAAGACCCUUCCUGCUGCGCUGCGUGCGCUGAAAGGAAAGGCAGCUCGCCAGUGUCUUACCGACGAGCUGAGUGUCCACGUUCAGCAGAACAGAGCCAUACUGGACCACCAGCAGUUCGACUACAUUGUUCGGAUGAUGAACUGCGCCCUUCAGGACUGCUCCACCUCCGAGGAGUUUACAGUAGCUGCUGCCCUGCUGCCCCUGUCAACAGCCUAUUACAGGAGACUGGCUGCUGGAGUGAACCAAUUUGCCUACACCUGCAUACAGGACCAUCCCAUUUGGACCAACCAGCAGUUCUGGGAAGCCACUUUCUACAGUGAAGUCCAGAGUCAGAUCCGGGCCCUGUACCUGAACACCCCAGAAGAAAAGAGAGCCAUCUCCGCCACCAAGGAAAAAACAAAUGAUGCGGACUCCCAGUCUGCUGCAGGUAGUGAUGAGGAGCAGACAGCCAUGGACCUGGCGGCGCAGCAGCUGCGCCUGUGGCCCAGUCUCAGCAAGGACAAGCAACAGGAGCUGGUGAAGAAUGAGGAGAACACCGUGUUCAGCCAGGCCAUCCACUACGCCAACCUUAUGGUUUACCUGCUGGUUCCUCUGGACACCAGCAAGAACAAACUCCUGCGUAACGCGCCCGUCACUGACUGGGAGAGUGGCAGCAACAGCAUUGUGACAAACAGCAUCGCUGGCAGCAUGGCCGAGAGCUUCGACACGGAGAGCGGGUUCGAGGACUCGGAGAACAGCGACACGGCAAACUCCGUGGUCAGGUUUGUUGCCCGCUUCAUCGACAAGGUGUGCACGGAGAGCGGCGUCACCCAGGAGCACAUCAAGAGCCUGCACUGCAUGAUCCCAGGAAUCGUAGCGAUGCAGAUGGAGACUUUAGAGGCAGUUCAUAGGGAAAGCAGGAGGUUGCCCCCUAUUCAGAAGCCGAAGAUUCUUCGUCCAGCUCUGCUUCCUGGAGAGGAGGUGGUGUCAGAAGGGCUGCGGGUGCUGCUGGACCCCGACGGCAGGGAAGAGGCCACCGGGGGCCUCCUCGGGGGCCCUCACAUCCUGCCAGCAGAGGGGGCUCUCUUUCUUACCACAUACCGCAUCAUCUUCAAAGGCAUUCCUCAUGAUCCAUUAGUGGGGGAGCAGGCGGUCAUCAGGGCGUUCCCUGUGUCCACGCUGACCAAAGAGAAGAAGAUCAGCAUCCAGAACCAGCUGCAGCAGAACAUGCAGGAAGGUCUGCAGCUCCGCUCAGCAUCAUUUCAGUUAAUAAAAGUAGCUUUUGAUGAGGAGGUUAGCUCAGAGGUGGUGGAGAUCUUCAGGAAGCAUCUGCAGAGGAUCCGCUACCCUCAGUCCAUCUUCAGCUCAUUUGCGUUUGCGGCAGGACAAACAGCUCCUCAGCUGAUCCUUCCUAAACCAAAAGAGAGAAACACUGGCUUAAGAACACUGUCGAAAACCCUUGUCAAAGGUGCGAAGAGGGCAGGAAAGAUCACGAUGGGCCGAGGUAGUCAGAGCUCGCUGAAGAAGGCCGACAGAGGCAGCCGGAUGACCUGGCAAGAAGAUGAUGACAUUUCAAUAUCCGACGACGGUGAACCACCACCCUGCAGCACUUUGAGAGCAUCUGAGAAGUCCACCAUGGAGCAGCUGGUGGAGCAGUCCUGUUUCCGGGACUACCAGCGUCUCGGUCUGGGGACCAUCACGGUCAGCUCGUCUCGCUCCAAAUCAGGCGACCAGUUCAGGAUCACAGCCGUGAACAGACUCUACUCCCUCUGCCGCAGCUACCCAGGGCUACUGGUUGUACCUCAGGCCGUGCAAGACAGCAGUUUACACAAAGUAGCACGAUGUUACAGGCACAACCGUCUGCCUGUUGUGUGUUGGAAACAUCCGCGGACCAAAGCUGUGCUCAUGCGCUCAGGAGGCUUCCAUGGCAAGAGUGUGGUGGGGCUGUUCAAGUCACAGAACACUUCCUCAGCAUCACCAGCCUCCUCGUCAGAUUCAUCCAGUAGUCUUGAACAGGAGAAGUACCUUCAAGCCAUCCUUGACUCCAUCCCAACCAUCUUCAAAAUUAACGGCACCAACACCCUGUCCAAUCGCUCCCUCAUCGGCCUUUCACCAGGCAGUGAAAGAAGAACAUCGCGAUUAUCAAAGAUGGCUCCCGUCCACUUGGAGAUCCCAUUCUCAAACAGCUUCACCAGAGGAGUGCUUGAGUACAGAGACAAACUAUUUGCUCACCCAAACCAAAAACCUGCCACUAAGGAAAGAAUCCACAAUCAAGGCAUGUGGGCCAGUCUGCGUUCAAGCGGCAGACUCUCUCAGCACCCGUCACAGGGCGACGUGGGCGCCAGGCUGGCAGGGAAGGAUCUGGCGCCCCCUGCAGGAAGCAGCAGUCUGCAGGCUCAACUCCGAAAGCAUCGAGCCGCCUUUUACAUCUUUGGAGAAAAGUCACAUCUCAGGGGACUCAGACUGGACUCCUCCCUGAACUGUGAACUGGUGCCAGUGGAGUUUGCAGACGCGCGUCAGGUGAAAGCUGCAUUUAAGAAGCUGCUGAGGGCCUGUGCCCCCAGCGCCCCCUUUUCCGACUCGGAGGACUCCUUCCUCAAAGCCCUGGAAGAAUCUGAGUGGAUGCUGCAGCUUCACAAGAUCCUGCAGCUGGCCCUGUCUCUGGUGGAGCUUCUGGACAGCGGCUCAUCCAUCCUGCUCAGCCUGGAGGACGGCUGGGACAUCACCACACAAGUUGUUUCGUUGAUCCAGCUGCUGAGCGAUCCCUUCUAUCGAACCCUGGAGGGUUUCCAGGUGCUCCUGGAGAAAGAGUGGCUCUCCUUCGGCCACAAAUUCAGCCAGCGGAGCAAUCUGAGUCCCAGCAGCCAGGGCAGCGGCUUCACUCCCAUCUUCCUGCAGUUUCUGGACUGCGUGCACCAGAUUCUGGACCAACAUCCUAUGGAGUUUGAGUUUAAUCAGUAUUAUCUAAAGUUCCUGGCCUAUCAUCACAACUCCAACCGUUUCAAGAACUUCCUGUUGGACUCAGACUAUGAGCGCUUGGAGCACGGGUUGCUGUUUGAGGACAAAGUGGAUAAACAGGGCCGCAGAGGGAUCUGCAUCUGGGACUGCAUCAACAGGAUGCACCGGAGGAGUCCCAUCUUCUUCAACUACCUGUACAGCCCCUCGGAGACCGAAGUGAUCCUGAAGCCGUUUGUCAGCAUCCCCAGCCUGACUAAAUGGGACUUCUUCACAGAGGAAACUCUGUCGACUGGACCAUGCUACGACUGGAGGAUGAUGGCGGUGAGGUCAGAGAGCACGGAGGAGGCAGACGCCAACGCAAACAGCAAGAGGAGGAUCGUGUGGCCGUGUUACAGCAGCGUGAGCAGUGCUCAGCCGGACGCCAUCACCAAACUUCUCACUGACAUCGAGAGGCUGGAGGGAGAGCUGAACCAGGGCCCUGAGAAAUGGCAGACUACUCUGGAGAGAGUCCGUCUGAGCAUCCUGGAAGAUCUCAAUCAGGAAGGAAACCUCCGAAAGCAGUCGCUGUCCCUCUCAGGCCUCAUUCCCACGUCCAGCCUGCAGGCCUUCCAGCGCCGCUCAAUGCUGCACCUGCCAGACAGCGGCCCGGGCGACGACCACAGCACGGCCACGGCCAACGGGAUCAACCGCCGCGCUGCGACGCUUUACAACCAGUUCACCCCCAAGAAUGAGGAGAACAGGUCUUAUGAGGGGAUCCUUUACAAACGCGGCGCUCUGCUGAAAGCCUGGAAACCUCGCUGGUUUGUGUUGGACGUCACCAAACACCAGCUUAGAUACUACGACACCGGCGAGGACACGAACUGCCGGGGCCACAUCGAUCUGGGCGACGUGGAAUAUGUGACGCCGGCCGCGCCCACCAUAGGAGCCCCCAAACACAUCAACGAGAAGGCGUUCUUUGACCUGAAAACCAACAAGAGAGUCUACAACUUCUGUGCUUCCGACGCGCCCAGCGCUCAGGUGUGGAUGGACAAGAUCCAGAGCUGCGUAUCCGACGCCUGAACGCCGAGCUUUAAAUGACAUAUCGCCCUCGUCAGGGGAGGAGUCGUGUGGCUGAGAGCAGCUCGCUUCGGCAGCCAAGUGUCUUUAGUUUAAGGGGACCACAGCGAAUAAAGUGCCUGACGGUGGAGGAUCAACUUCCUGCUUCUCCCCCUGCAGCCGCCCGGCCGCCAUCACCCUGCAGGUGGAGCGCAUCGGCCUCAGCUCUCCGCUCCCUCUGAUCGGGGAGCAAAGCAAACAUAAGCUGACGUUUUUAGAGACUGUGCUACCAAGGAAAUGUUAAAAAUUUUUUUUAAAUAUAUCAUAGCUAUAUCACUGGCCAUUAAAACUGUGGGUUCAAUUUUAAAUUUAGAGGCAUAUAGAAAGUAGCUCGUAAAAGAUUUUCUAUCAAAUAUUUUACUACAAGGAAAAAGGUUAUCGCUGCUUAAAGUAUAAACCGCCAAAAACUCAAGAUUUUAAUGCACAACUUUAAAAAAAAAAGCAAUUUGUUUGCACUUAGCUCUAAAGCAAUGCACUCUUUAUUAAAUGUUGACUUUCUAACAGAUGCAAACAGCCAGGCUUCAGGCAUUAUUUACAGUGUACAUGUGAUCGUGAUGGAUUAAAAUGAAAAGAAUUUGCACAGGGGUAUCAAAAGGUGUUUUUUUAUAUAUAUAUUUAAGUACAUGAUGUUUUGCUAUUCUGUUGAAUGUUUUAACUUCUCACUUAACUUUGACGUCUCAUGCAAUGUAAAUUAUUUUUUAUUCAAUGUCUUACAGUGCAAGUGUCAUUUAUUUUUCUGUAAAUACUUUUAUCACAUUUUAUUUUAUGUCCUGUCUUCUCUGAGCAGGAUUUACUUUUCUAAAUUUAAUUCUGACGUGUUUGUUCUUUUUGUGUCUUUACUGAUGAAACUCCCCUGAAUGUUCCCUACUUGUGGUGAAAUGUUGUGAAUGACCCUAUGUUAUUGCUGACAUUCUCCAGGCAGGCUCUGUCUCUCCUAAGGGCUUUUUAAUCAAUCUUUUGUGCAGUUUUCUGAUCAUCUGCCCUAUGUCUUUACAAGAACAAGCACAUGAAGCAAUUCAAAGAUGUCAGAGGUGGGUUUUUUUCUUUCUUCUUCUUUGUACCAUGUUUUGUGACACGUAAGUUUUUGCAAAUAAAUCGAACAUACUUGAGCCUU